AUGCCAAGUACCCCUCACCGUGGCCACCCUGCUCUGCUUGAUGUCCAGGAGGUGCACUAUAAGAAUCGCUACUGGCAUGACACCUGCUUCCGUUGUGCCAAGUGCCUUCACCCCUUGGCCAGCGAGACCUUUGUGUCCAAGGAUGGCAAGAUCCUGUGCAACAAGUGCGCCACUCGGGAGGACUCCCCCAGGUGCAAAGGGUGCUUCAAGGCCAUUGUGGCAGGAGACCAGAACGUGGAGUACAAGGGCACCAUCUGGCAUAAAGACUGCUUCACCUGCAGCAACUGCAAGCAAGUCAUUGGGACCGGAAGCUUCUUCCCUAAAGGGGAGGACUUCUACUGUGUGACUUGCCAUGAGACCAAGUUUGCCAAGCACUGCGUGAAGUGCAACAAGGCCAUCACAUCUGGAGGAAUCACUUACCAGGAUCAGCCCUGGCAUGCCGAGUGCUUUGUGUGUGUUACCUGCUCUAAGAAGCUGGCUGGGCAGCGUUUCACCGCUGUGGAGGACCAGCAUUACUGCGUGGAUUGCUACAAGAACUUUGUGGCCAAGAAGUGUGCUGGAUGCAAGAACCCCAUCACUGGGUUUGGUAAAGGCUCCAGUGUGGUGGCCUAUGAAGGACAAUCCUGGCACGACUACUGCUUCCACUGCAAAAAAUGCUCCGUGAAUCUGGCCAACAAGCGCUUUGUGUUUCAUAAUGAGCAGGUGUAUUGCCCCGACUGUGCCAAAAAGCUGUAACUUGACAGGGGCUCCUGUCCUGUAAAAUGGUAUUUGAACCAUG